AUGGUGGAUCUUGCGGAUCGACCGCCUGUCAUUUCUCCGCCAGUCGCAAUCGUCCCCGAAUUGGCCCGCAGACCAUCAGUCAAACUCCCCGGUCUCGACUCUCUAUUCGAAGUCUCCGGGGAUCCCUUGGACAAGCCAUGCUGGGCUCUGAUGAUGCCUUCACCUCUCCCGUCCGAGUGGCAAUCCUAG